UUUGUUUUUGUAUCACUUCCAAUUUUAAUCAAUUACUACGUAAUAAUGAAUGUAAAAUUGGUCUUGAUUUGCCUUGGGGUGUUCAUGUUAAGCUGUCAAGUGUGCGAUGGUCGACGUGGACGUGGCCGAGGACGCACCAAAUCGAGAGUACAAAUAGGAUUACCUAUAACAGGCAAAUAUCGUGAUCCCGAAUCGGAUCAGUAUUACAACAAUAACAAUGGUGCUAAAAUUCUGCAAGCCUCACAUUUCGAUUAUGAAUACGUGUUGGGUCAUAAAAUCGCUUUCCUUUGCAUAGCCAAAGGAACUCCACGUCCGCACAUUACCUGGUACAAGGAUGGUACGGAGAUUUUCCAACACCUCUACAUGCAUGUGCAUGAGUGGCGCAUUGGCGAAGAUAAAGUCAAGUCGAAGAUCGAGAUCGACCCUGCCACACAAAUGGAUGCCGGUCUCUAUGAAUGCACCGCUGAUAAUAUGUACUCAAUUGAUCGACGCAGUUUUAAGACAGAUUUCUCUAUUGCUUUCGAUUAGUAUGAAAGUGUUUUUCUUUUCUAUUAUAAAAUAUAGUAUUUUUCACAAGUAGUAUAAAAAUUUGGUAUAGCUAAAUUAGUACGUAUGGAUUUUGUGCAAUUUAAAAAAAUAUAUAUAUAGUAACAACUUUAA